AUGGCCCUGCCUGAGGGCCAGCCCCACCUGGCCCGAGGGGAGCUGGAGGGUCUGAGUCGGGUGGACCUGGCAUCUAAGCUGAUUUUAACGUAUGGAGCACGGGAGGCUGUGAGAGUGGUGCUCAAGGCCUUGAAGGUGAUGAACCUGUUGGAACUCGUGGACCAGCUCAGCCUCAUUUGUCUGAAUGAUUACAGAGAAACAUACCGAGAGCAUGUGCGCUCCCUAGAGGAGAGGAGAGAAGGGGAAGUUGGCAGCAGCUACAUUCAGCUGCUCCUGGUGGCCAAGCCCAGCUCAGGGAGCCCAGAAUCAUCUGCCUGCCUAGUCCCAGAGCAGGAGGUGGACUCUGUCGUGGUGGAAGCUCUAUUCGGUUUUGGGGAAAAGCCCCACCCGGCCCCAUCCUCAGUGGUGCUACAGGGGUCUGCUGGCACUGGGAAGACAACUCUGGCCAAGAAAAUGGUGCUGGACUGGGCCACGGGUACCCUGUACCCAGGCUGGUUUGAUUAUGUCUUUUAUGUGAGCUGCAAAGAAGUGGUCCUGCUGCCCAAGGGCAAAAUUGAGCAGCUCCUCUUCUGGUGUUGUGGGGACAGCCAAGCCCCUGUCACAGAGAUUCUGAGGCAGCCAGAGCGGCUCCUGUUCAUCCUGGAUGGCUUUGAUGAGCUGCAGAGGCCCUUCGAAGAACAGCUGAAGAAGGUGAGCUCAAAUCCCAAGGAGGACGUGCUGCACCGUCUAAUUAGGAGAAGGAUACUUCCCACGUGCUCCCUGCUCAUCACCACCCGGCCCCAGGCUUUGCAGAAUCUGGAGCCCUUGCUGAAUGGAGCAUGCCAUGUCCGUAUCCUGGGCUUCUCUGAGGAGGAGAGGAGGAGCUAUUUCAGCUCCUAUUUCAAGGAUGAGGAGCAAGCCAGGAAGGCCUUUGAAGUUGUAGAGGGAAAUGCCAUUCUCUACCAAGCCUGUCAGGUUCCAGGCAUUUGCUGGGUGGUCUGCUCCUGGCUGAAGAGGCAGAUGGAGAGAGGCCAGGCCAUCUCAGAGACACCCAGAAACAGCACUGACAUCUUCAUGGCCUACGUGUCCACCUUCCUGCCGUCUGAUGACAAGGAGGGCCGCUCCGAGCCCUCCCGGCACAGGGUCCUGAGGAGUCUGUGCUCCUUGGCAGCCGAGGGGAUCCAGCACCAGAGGUUCCUGUUUGGAGAAGCUGAGCUCAGGAAACACAAUUUAGAUGGCCCCAGCCUGGCUGCUUUCCUGAGCAGCAACGACUACCAAGAGGGACUUGACAUCAAGAAGUUCUACAGCUUCCGCCACAUCAGCUUCCAGGAAUUUUUUCAUGCCAUGUCCUACCUGGUGACACAGGACCAGAGCCGGCUGGGGGAAGCGUCCCGCCGAGAAAUGAAAAGGCUGUUGCAGGUACAGGACCCGGAAGGGAACAAGGAGAUGACCCUCAGUGUGCAGUUUCUAUUGGAUAUGUCAAGAAAAGAGAGCUCCUCAAACUUGGAGCUAAAGUUCCGCCUCAAAAUUCCUCCCUGUAUAAUGCAGGACCUGAAGCAUAUUAAAGAACAGAUGGAAUCUCUGAAGUUGAACAGGACCUGGGAUUUGGAACUCUCGCUGCGUGAGUCUAAGAUAAAGAAUCUGGUAAACAGUAUUCAGAUGAGUGACGUGUCGUUCAAGGUAGAACAUUCACAUGAAAGGAAGUCCCAUAGCAGCAAGUCAUUUUCUGUCAAAACCAGCUUGAAUAAUGGACAGAAAGAAGAGCCAAAAUGUCCUCUGUUGGGAGCACAAAAGGAGGCUUCUCAUGGAAAGGCAGAGGAGCAGAGGAACCAGAUGAGGAAGUUGGGAGCAGAGAAAUGGGGACAAUAG